AUGGGUUUCAAACUCGUGGCCACCCUCGCCGCCCUCGUGACCGUGGCGAGCGCUGCCGUCUCGCCCGACUUGAGCUGCGGCGGCGCCAACAAGUACACGUGCCCCGACGGGGCUGACACCAAGUGCUGCAGCUCCUACGGGUGGUGCGGCUCCGGCACCCUGUUCUGCGGCGUGGGUUGCCAGAAGGCCUUUGGCAAGUGCGACACCCUCGCGCCCGAGGUGGAGGCGCUCAGCCAGGACGGCACGUGCGGCGCCCAGAACGGCAAGGGGUGCAAGGGCUCCCUCUUUGGCGACUGCUGCAGCCCCUGGAACUACUGCGGUACCACAUCCACCCACUGCGGCGAGGGCUGCCAGACCAAGUACGGCACCUGCAAGCCCAGCGCCGGCGCCGGCUCGGCCAAGGUCAGCACCGACGGCUCCUGUGGCGCUAAGACGGGCCUCACCUGCGCCGACUCGGGCAUGGGCAACUGCUGCGGCCCGUACGGCUACUGCGGCGACAGCGCCGACUACUGCGGCGACGGGUGCGACCCCAAGUUCGGAACCUGCACGCCGGGCGCCUCCAACUCGACCAAGCCCGCCGACCCUGCUAAGCCCGCCGACCCUGUUAAGCCUGUCGACCCUGUUAAGCCUGCCGACCCUGCUAAGCCUGCCGACCCUGCUAAACCCUCCACCGCUGCCGGCCAGGCCUGCGGUGGGAGCAGCCGUGCCUCCUGCCCCAAGGGCCAGUGCUGCGGACAGAACAACCAGUGCGGCACCACCGCGGCCUUUUGCGACUGGGGCUGCCAGAGCAGCUUCGGCACCUGCGCGCAGUGCCCGGGCGCCGACUGCGCCGGCACCGUGGCCGUCAACAAGGCCGUCUCGUGCCCGGCGGACAAGAACAAGUGCACGACACGCGGCCUCAGGAAGUUCCUCAUCGACUGCAGCGGCAAGACGGCGACCGGAACCGUCAUCGCCACAACGUCGUCCACCACCAUCGACGCCUGCAUCAACGACUGCGCGAUCCGCUUGAACUGCUACGCCGCCAGCCUCGCGACCGGCGGCGCCAAGCCCGUCUGCAGCCUGUACGGCCCUUACAACGGGCCCUCCACCCUGGCCAACGCCAACGGCAUCCACGCCCACAUCAAGCCUUGCUCUUUGCUCUGAGCUGGUGGCUAAAAGAUACCUGGAGACUAUGGGGGAGAGCUGGAGCAGGUAUCGGAUGGAGGUCUCCAGGGACCUAGUUGUGCGAGAAGCAAAAAGGAAACGGUCAUUUUCGGUAGAUGGAGUGUUUGUUGAGAGGGAGCUUUCGCUUCUUGUUUUGCAUUUUACACUGACGUCUAGACAGGCAACCAAAAAGAGUUUAGAGAACAUGUGAUGAACGAAGCUAGAGUCGAGAAGAAGAUCAACGUGUUGACCGACUACACCAUCCAAUCCCUAUCUUCCCGGCCUACACCUCGUGGCCUCGAUUCUCGCAUUGUGC